GGCAGACAGAAGCAUGUGAAACUCUCAAUUCAUAUACGUCCCCACAGUUUUCAAAUAUCCCUUAAAAUGUUCAACUCUCUUAUUGAUCUAUUUAAAAGACCCAAAACAGAACAACAUCUUCAUACCUAUUAACAAUAAGCAAUCUAAGAACUCUAAGCUUCAAAAGAUCAAGACUUAUAAACAAAAAUGGCUUUGGUGAGAAGUCUCUUUGUUUCAAACAAGAUACUUGGAGGCUCAUUAGCAGGAAUGAGAAAAUCAACUUCAGCACCAAAAGGGUUUCUUGCAGUGUACGUAGGGGAGAGCCAGAAGAAGCAGAGAUACUUAGUGCUAGUCUCAUACUUGAGCCAGCCAUUGUUUCAAGAUCUUCUCAGUAAAUCCGAGGAAGAGUUCGGAUUUGAUCAUCCGAUGGGGGGCUUGACGAUCCCUUGUCCUGAAGAUACCUUCCUCACUGUAACUUCUCGGAUCCAAGGAUGAUCAUCAUCUGAAGAAAAACUUAACACUUUUCUUUCUUUCUUUUUUUGACAGCAACACUUUAAUUACUGUAGAUAGAUGAGAAUUUUUUUCAUUUUUCUUGAAUUAUUUGAUCAAGAAGAUAGAAAUUCCAAUGUAAAUGCCAGUUUUGUCAUUUGUCAUUUUAUUUAUGGAAUCAAACAAAAGAUCCAGACAGAUUUCUAAGUUCUGUUUAUAUGAUGUGUUUAUCAACAGUUAUAUACUAUAAAGUAUAAAAUCG